AUGCCAGGAGCUGGGAAAACAAGUGUCAAGCUUGUCACCAAUGAACUCUUAAAAGACACAAACCAGUUUAAUAUUGUUGUAUGGAUCACUGUAACAAGGAAAUGUGGUGUUAUUGAACUACAGAAUAAGAUUGCUCAGGCAAUUAGUGCUGUUAUUUCAGAAGAUGAAGAUGAAACAAUAAGAGAAGGGAUGUUACCUGAAAUAUUGGCUCAAAAGGGAAGGUAUGUGUUAAUCUUAGAUGAUGUGUUGGACAAUUUUUCUCUAGAGGAAGUUGGAAUUCCUGAGCCUACUGCAAGAGUUAUUCUUAGUCUAUCAGUUCCUUUGGUAUAUGAUAAGCCUCAGCACCACGUUGAUGAGAAGUUUUCUGUAGUGCACAAAAUCAUUCAAACACAAUACAGGAAAAUUGAUGAAACAGUACUAAGGAAGCUUCCAUUGCCCUCAAACAAGGAAGAGAAGAUGCUUGCCUUAUCCUUGCUUCACUUUAGAUUAAAUGACUAA